UGAAAUCAAUAGACUAUAUUUUGUAUUUUCAUGUGUCAAAAAACAAAAAUAUCUGUGCAAAGUGUAGUUUAAAAAAUUAGAUCUAGAUCUAGAUCCUUUGGAUCUAAACAUGGCCUAGAUUCAUGAAUCAGUACCACUUUCAUAGAGUUGGGUAGCUUGUUUUUUUUGAGGGUCUUAAGUUUGUUUUAGGGCUACAAUACAUAUGUUACGGUACCAGCUAGUACCCAAGGAACAUUUAUGCCUAGUUUUAUCAACAUUGGUCAAACGGUUUUGAUUUCUAUGCGAGACAUACAUACACAUUACUUUCUACUUUAUAGUAUAGGAGUGUCCGUUUUGGGAAAUACCGAAAAUAAAAUACAAUGCUUGCGUUUUUUUACGAAUAGCGGUUCCAAGGUUGUGAUUCUGUCAAAAACCGUUCAAAAGGAACCUGUGCACGUAUUUUAAUGCGGAUACGUACGAUAGUUUAAGAGAUGUCGUGAUCAAUGAGUGGUAUGUUAGUGAGUGGUAAGUUACUUAAUAUAUACUUUUUUUUUUCUCUCUUUAUGAAACACCCUGCAGCUUUCAUCAAACCAUCAGCAUAUGUUGGCCUAUUGUUCAUGUAUUGAAUUUGACUUUAUGAAGACAACAAAAUCAAGUCCAAAAAAAAAUAUAUAUUUCGUUUGUUUCGUUGCUAAAAUACCUUUACAGGUUUUGAUUUUAAAAACAAAGCGAGUUCAUGCUUUCCCACUCACUUCUUCCCUUUUUUCACACACACACAGACGACGGCCGCCUUCGUAAGCUAUAUCACGCCAGGCUUUUCUUUCAUCAGAAUAAAAAUAUCCCUUCACUAUGCAAUGGAGCAGGGGUUCUCAACCUGUUGAAGGCGAUCCCCUUGGGGGUCGAAUGACGAUUUGCUAGCCGUCGCCUAAAGCCAUUGAAAAUAUGAAAUUAUUUUUUUUUUGUCUAUUCUGACGUGUAAAACUUGACGUUGUGCAAAGGUUUCCAUUGAAAGUUUCAAUUUUAUUUUUAGCAUUAGAAGAUAAAUAAUGCAGACACAUCAAUCAGAAUGUUUUCAAACAUUUUCAUUGUCGCAGCAUAAAUAUUUGUAACAGUUUAAAUUAAUGUAUAUUAAUUAAUAACGUAAAGUGACACGAUAUUUGAAUCAUAUGGUGACGCCCUGGUGUAAUUAAAAAGCUAUUUCGUUUAUAAUUAAUAAUACAUAAUCCUUUAGCAGCCCGUGCUGUUGAAGGUAACAUUUCAUUAUGGAACAAACAAUUCACAUGGAUCUCGAUUAAUAAAACAUUAAGAAAACAAUAUAUUGUUGUAACCCUGCCUUGCACCAGUGCUUGAGGUGCGCACUAGCGCACUAGUGAACGUAAACAGGAAGAGACUAGAAUGGAGAGAAGAACAGUGCAUCAGGGAUUGUGAAGAGUCUAAAUGUUUGGAAACUAAGAAGCAAGCUUUUGGUGCUGCCUGAAGGUUGUAGAAGGGACCUGGAACGAAGCGGUUAAGGCUGUCGUUGGUCCACAUUCGGGUUGCUGUCUAAAGGACUGGUAAAUUAGUAGCAAGACUCUGAGGAAGCUGAAGGAUGCUAUGUGUUUGCCCUAGUGAAUAAACACCUGUCUUUAUUUCCUGUUACACUGUGUUGAGUUGCAUGCCUAUUCGUUGAGUUACAACAAUAUGAUGUCAAUUUUUUACGGUAUGGUUUGACUUCAAUAAUUGACGAAUUCAAUACAAAAACCCAAAUGUGUCAUUUGAAAAAAAAAAAAAAAAAAAAAGCAGAAUCUAUGAAACCGAAAAUACUUUAACUCUGACAACGAUACCAAUAAUUUUAGAUUUAAAGUAAGGUAUAUAAAUGAUGGUGAUUUUAAAAACGAGUUUCUCUAUGCCCAAACUUUUCAAACGACAACAGCAGCACGUGAUGUAUAAGAGUAAAUUGGUUCAUUUUGGGAGAAUUUUAAAAUCUCUUUGGGACAAAAUUAGUGGUGUCUGCUCAGAUGGUGCUCCAAGUUUGCUAGUAUGUUAGUCUGGAUAAAAAAAAAAUUAGUCACCAUAAGUCAUGUUAACUCAUCGACAAAUAUUAGUAAUGAAGACACUGCCACAGGAAUUACAAGAAGCAAUGAAAAGUGUCAUCGCAGGGAUCAAAUUUAACAUGCCUCAAUUUGUUUGAGAAAACGCCAAUCCAUCCAAAUCAAACUUCAGAUUGGCAAACGUAAUUGGAUAAAACAUGUUGCCAAUCGUAUCUGCUCUCUAUGAGGAAAAUUACAUUGAACCUGACCAAUAGAUAAAAUGAUAAUUUCUGUGAAAGAACAUUUGCGAAUUCUUGCGUACAAAAUAUCAUACUUUCCAAAUCUACUUGACAUCACGUUUGCCAGAAGUUUAUUCAAAGUCAAAUUUGAAGAUGUUAUGGAGACAAUUUUAUUCUCAAUAGUGAUGCAGCGAAAAAAAAAAUUUUAUUCAAUGUCACUUACACAAAUUAGAUUUUAGUCAGGGCCGGUCCUAACAAUUGCGGGGCCCUAUGCGAAACUGAUUGCGCGGGGCCUAGUCUAGGUGGGAAUAAGGGGAAUAAGUGAAAAUUAAGAUUUUGUAUUCGAAAAAAAAGUUCGACUUAGAAUUUAUUUUAUUCUUUACUAAGAACAAAAUUGCGAUCUAAUUAACUUUAAUUUACGAACCUUGCAACCUAUGGCAUAUUUAUAUGCCAGUGGCUAUAAAAGUAAAUAAAGAAUUGUAACUUGUGAUUAAGGUGAAAAUUUGCCCGAUUAUUACAUUUUAUUACAUGAAAGCUGACAAUGCCUUUUUUCUUUUAUCCCGAGUAGGAGUGUUUUCUGUAAUGAAUGGCACCCACAAGUGACAAUUUUGACUAUUUUUCAGCAGAUUUUAAUAAGUUCAGGAGCUUUCCAGGACUUUUUCGUAUUAAAGCCAUGGCGAUGAAACGAAAUGUGGGCAAUAGCAUUAUAAAAGGUUUUAAGGACUUUUGGAGAAGUGAAGAACUGCAAGAUUUUACAGUCAAAAUUGGUUCAUCCAGGUUUAGGUGUCAUAGGCUCCUGCUGGCAGCAUGUUCUGAGUUUUUUAGAGGACUUUUUAGAUCAGGGAUGAAAGAAACGGAAUUGAAGUGUGCGACGUUACAAGAAAUCUCAAGUGAGACUUUUGAGUUGAUCCUGAAGACUCUGUACACUGGUUAUUGUGUUUUGACCAGUGACACUGUCAUUGACGUUUGGAGAGCUGCACACCAAUUACAGAUACACUUUCUAAUUACUGAGUGUGAGGGAUUUGCAAAAGAAACAUUGUCUACUACCAAUUACAUUGAAUACUAUACAAUUGCAAAACUUUUCGAUUCUAAAGAAGUAUUAGAAAUUGUUUGGCCUUUAAUUCUCAAAAAUGCACAUUCCUUCCUGCAAACCGAAUUUUUUAAUUCUGAGAUGGACGUUUCGGAUGUUUUAAAACUGAUUCAAAAUCAAGAUCUUAAAAUAACUUCAGAAGAUGAUGUAGUUCAUGCCAUUUUGAAGUGGGUGGAAUGUAAGCCUUGCGAAGAAGAAGACUCAGACAAGAAACAUUCGGGUCGGAAAAGUAUCAAAACGGGGCAUAAUAGUUUAAAAACAUCAGUGAAACAGCCAAACAAAGACAUGACAGUGUCUCUAAAUGAUAACAGAAAAAAACACCUUCCAGAGUUAUUGUCAAAUACAAGAACUUGUUUAUUAAGCAUGAAGUGUUUGGAAAUGUUGAGUAGUCAUCCACUGGUAAGAGAAACCAAAGAAGCCACGGACAUUAUUUUUUAAUCUUUAUUGUACCAGUCUCAAGUUGGCAAACGCAAUGGACAGUGGCCACCUAGGGCUAUUUAUAGAAAUACUGGCAACUAUAUUAACGCUGCUAUCGCUAUACGUUCAAACAUAAAUGAAAUAAAACUGAAAGCGUUUUCGUUUUCAUCAAAGGAAUGGCUCCAACUUCCUGAUUUGUUAAGCAGAUCGAGAGUGACAUUUGUUGCUAUCGAUAAAUCUUUUUACGCUUUGGGGGAUUCAACUACAAAUAAUCCAUUUCCCUUUAUCAGAAGUGACAAACUGCUUGAGCUUACCAAUGGCGUUUGGUCUGAAAAAUGUAUUUCUAUAACGCUACCACCCGAACACUUCGUCCUAGCGGUUGACGCUUUCGUUUAUAUUUUUGUACCUUCAAAUCAAGAAGUCUGGCAGCUGGAUCCAGUAACAGGAAGAUUGAUUCGAAAGACCGAUUUGCCUUGUAGAGGGAUAAUACAACAUGUGACCAACCAUGAACAAUUCAUCCUUGUGUUUUACAAGACAACCAAUCAAAACCAAGCAGGUGUUUGUUAUUUUGAUACGUCACAAAACACAUGGAAAGGACCUGUUAUUUUAAAUCGCUCUGCUCAAGGUAUGAUUAGUUUUAAAAAUUCCAACUCAACUUAUCUCAUGCAGACCAAUGGGAAUCUUUGGAUGGUUCAGUCGGUUGAGUCACAGUCUCAAGAUAUUAAAUUCAAAUAUUGGGCCAAACUUUGGAAUUGUGACUGGACACUUCACGGAGCGGUUAUUUUUAGAGAUGAACUCUACGUUUAUGGAGUCAGGUCUGAGGCUUUAAAGCAAGAUGUGCAAAAACAAUGUUCUUUAAGUGGCAUUUUCAAUCAAAUAGUGUACAUGGAGAGUGAGGAUACGGUACCAUCAACAUUUAUACCAUUAACAUUAAGUCGACAAUGUUUACUGAGGCUUUAAAGGACGAUUUUCAAAGACAAACUUCUUUAUUUUUAUUUUUUUAUCAAAUAGUUUUCGUGGAGAGUAAGAAUGAAGUAGCAUUAACGUUUAAACCAUUACGAUUAUGUCGACAAUGUCGUUAAAUAUUUUUCAAGACAUGAUUUUAGACCUAGAUUUACUUCUGUUCAAAGAAAUUUAUAUUAUUAUUAUUAGAAAAGUCACAAAAAUACAUGGGAAGUAUAGAUGAUUAUGUAUCAGAAGAAACACAUUUACAUUUUUA